GAGGAGGGUUUGUUCAAGACCAAAAUAACGCAAACCCUAACCCUAAAGCUAAUCCUAAUCCUGUUAAGAAGAAGAGAAAUCUUCCAGGAACUCCUGAUCCAGAUGCUGAAGUUAUUGCUUUAUCUCCCAAAACUCUUAUGGCUACAAACAGAUUCAUUUGUGAAAUAUGCAACAAAGGUUUCCAAAGAGACCAAAACUUACAGCUUCAUCGCCGGGGUCACAAUCUUCCAUGGAAGCUGAGGCAAAGAACCAACAAAGAGGUCCGAAAGAAGGUUUAUAUCUGUCCUGAGAAAACCUGCGUUCACCACGAUCCAUCCAGAGCUCUUGGCGACCUCACUGGAAUAAAGAAACAUUAUAGCAGAAAACAUGGGGAGAAGAAGUGGAAGUGUGAGAAAUGUUCAAAGAAAUAUGCAGUUCAAUCCGACUGGAAAGCUCACUCCAAAACUUGCGGUACCAGAGAGUACAAGUGCGACUGUGGGACACUAUUUUCCAGAAAAGACAGCUUUAUCACACAUCGAGCUUUUUGUGACGCCUUAGCUGAAGAGAGUGCCAGACUCACUUCUGUUGCAGCCACAAACCUAAAUUUCAGAAAUGAUACUGUGAAUCUGCCCCAUGGAUUUGCUGGCCGGGGAGUUCAAGAUAUUGCUGGAAUUUCUCAAUUCGGUUCGGGUUUUGGACAAGAUUUCACUGGGAUGCCUGCAGCAGGUUUGCCUGAGAUGGUUCAAAUGGCUUCAGGCAAUCUCUUUGGCUCAUCUUCACUGACCAAUUUUGAUAACCACGGUCACUUUCCUGGAUUUGACAAGAGUGGUGCAACUUCAACAAAUGCCAAUCUCUCCCUAUCGCCAUUGCCACAAGGGUUAAAAGAAGAAGGUGGAAGCAAAGGUAAUUUGAUGGAAAGCUUGUCGUCUCUCUACUCGGAAACUCAAAACAAGCAACCCAAGCCUGCUGCACCCAUGUCUGCAACUGCACUCCUGCAAAAAGCAGCCCAGAUGGGUUCAACAAGAAGCAACCCAUCGUUCUUUGGGAACAGUUUUGGUGUAAUGAGCUCAUCUUCUUCUCACACGGUUAGUCUGAGUGCAACUCAGGAUAGAAAUGAUCAGCUGCACCAGGUUUAUCCAAAUCAUGUGAAGGAACAAGAGACUUUCAUGGCAUCAAGUAGUGUAUCAAUGAGUACUGAUGCAGGUCUCGGAAGUUCAAAUUUGAAUUCAAUGGCCAGUUCAACGAGCAACAAUCUUGAGCAGCUCAUGUUGCAAACAGGAGCAAAACACAGUGAUUCAAGUCAACUAAAGAUGCACCACCCUGGUUCAACUUCAAUUGAUCAAAGUCUGACUAGAGACUUCCUUGGCAUGAGCAACGAUCAAUCUGCUCGUCCAUUUUUACCCCAAGAACUAGCCAAAUUUGCAUCAAUUGGCUCAACCAUGGGCUUGAGUCAAUUCACCAGCAACCACUGAGCUCAGCUACCUAGCUACCUUUCCAAAUACCGUUACAGCUCAGUAUAAAAAAAUUCAGCAAAAAAAAUAAAGGAGUUGCCUAUACGAUUAUAUAUGCAAUAUAUAAUCUUAAAAAAACAAAAAAAGGCUGAAGGCUGGGGACCAAGUUGGAGUCUCUGUGUAUAAGCAAAACCAAAUCCCCAGAAAAAUGCACAGAGCUCAUCCUGUGAAUGGUCAGUGAAACAGCCGAGGGCGGGGGGACUGUGAGGGGCCCAAUUCCAUGUUUGAAAUGACUAAACAAUGAGCCAACUCCAAGUCAUUGCAUGUACUCGUUGUUGUUCUUGUUGUUUUCUUUUCUGUCUCAGCUCUCUUAUCGUUUUUUCACAAUAUUUUUUCUUUUCUUUUUAUAUAUAAUCUUUCCCUCUUCA